CGGUCGAGGGCGCUCUCUACAUGGUGUUCGGCGUCAUGAUCGCCAUGAUAGCCGUCGGCGUCAUCAUCGUCCUCGUUGCCGUUGGCAUAAGCAAGCUCCGGAAGCGCGAGGACCACCAGCACCAUCACCACCACCACCACCACCACCAUCAUCACGGUUGUGGCAACAACAACAACAACAACAACAUCGUCCAUGCGGAGCAGCAGGAGGGCGGGGCGACUUUGCCACGCCAGUCUAAUGGUCACGUCAAUCGGGCCCUGGUGGCCAGCACGUUGACCCUCGACUCCUGCUGUACCAGCUCUAAUCUGUCGCCACCUCCUGCCCCUUCGUUGGAAACAGCCGCGAUGUCCACCGUCAAUGCCAUCGCUGCUCUGAACAAUGGCUGCACGACGACGAUCACGUCCGAACAGUGCGGCCCGGCAGACAGCGCCCAGACGAUGGUGUACACGACAACGGCCAGCGCCGAGCAGUUCAUUUGGCAGUUCCCGCCGCCCUAUCCGCCGCCCAACACGCCCCCGCCCCAGUACACGCUCUACAAUGAUCAGGACGCGCUAGUACACGGGCUGUCGCAGACGGACAGGCAGGGCUUCGCCAAGGGCUUCCGCAAAAAUCUGGGUGGACGCUGGCGUCGCCUGGUCAACAGGAAGCCAGAGUCGGAGACCUGCGCCAUACCACCGGAACUCAAGGACCAGCUCAAGACCAUCUACGUUUAUUAAAUUCAUCCGUUCUCGAAAUUCCGUAUCACAAUUACGCAUAUAAUAUAUAUAAUAUACGACACACACACUUACCACGCGCUUUAUAUAUUGUUACGUAUGUAGGUAUAUAGACACUAUUGUCAUUCGUUUCGAACUUGUGAUGUAUACGGAUGCAAUGCUCGUGCGCUCAAGGGGAUGCAAAAUUCAUGGAUACGUCACUAUGCCCCGAAAAACCCAUAGUUCAGCUCUAUAAGGACCAGGUCGUCGAUUUGUUGUUAUUAGUCAAUAGGUUGUGCCUGUCAUGUACCGUUGUAGCUUUUUAUCUGUCGACAAGUGGGUUAAAACCCAUGGGAAUAAUCGAGAUGUACGCAUAACCAUCAGAUGCAUCGUAAAAAGGGACAUGGAUGAAUGAGCAGUUUUAACAACUAAAAUGGGCCCUUCGGCACGGCUACGCAGUGUACCUAUGCGUAUAAUAUAUAUAUACUUCUUUGGCUACAUAUACACAGAAACGACAAGUACUCACGCAGACACAAUAUACAUUGACAUAGAAUUACAUAUGCUAUUCCGUGCAUUGAACGAAAAUUGUAUUUGCGCGUAUUAUUGUACCAGUUCAACGAUCGCUGACGUUGAUAGUUUAUACAUAUAUACAUAUAAAUAUGUAUGCAUUAUAUUACGUAAUAUUAUAGUUGAAAAGGAAAGAAAGGCGAUAAAAAUCGUGUUUAUAAGUACGCGUGCGAAGCGACGCUAUGAUUUUUUUUUUUUUUUUUUUUUUUCCCUUUGGAGGAGUGAACGACUGAAUCGUAAAACUUGUCAGUUAUUACACUGUUACGCUAUAUCAUUAUUAUUUUGUUGUUGACGAUGAAUUAUUAAUACGUGUGUGCGUGUGUGUGUGCGUGUGUGUGUGUGUGUGUGUAUAUAUGCAGCGCGUGAGAAUUUAGAUACCUAUACCUUAUACGCGCAAGGAGCGCGUUCGCGCGUAACUAUUAUCACUACUAUGGCUAAUAUUAUUAUGAUUACUAUCGCUAUUGAUAUGAUUAUAUUGUAUAGGUGCAGAGACACAACGAGCUAUAAAAGAAAAGUAGUAUAUAUAUAGAGAGAGAGAGAGAGACGCGAGCACAAGUCGUAUUGAGCGUCGGACAAAGUCACAGGACGCAAAUGGCCAACAACGAUUUCUUGGUGCCUAAAAAUAAAACAGUCGAAGCCGCGAGCGCGUAUGAAAUACCGAUGCGCGGCGCGACGUUUGUUUGCCGAUGACGCGCGGAAAAAAUUUCAUUCGCACCAAUUAUUGUUAUUAAUUCGUCGCUCUUGGCGUCUAAUUUGAUCCUAUCGAGCGAUGGGCUUUUCAUACGCAUAUAUAUUAUCAUUAUUAUUAUUAUUAUACACGUACCCGCGAUGAAGAGUAUACUUUCUUCAAAUCAGUCAAAAACAUAUCAAUACCAGUGCCAGAGGAUGAAAUUUUUUUCCGAAUUAUCGUACAAGGUGAAAUUCAUGCACGGACUAGCGCGCCACGCGAAUAUUUCGCAACGUGUUGGUUAUUGUAUUGGUCGGUUGAGAAUAAAGUUUUGCACGCGCUAGUUGGCGUUGUACGAGCGGGACGAUAAAAAAAUCUUAGGGUAUAUAUAA